CUUUUUCAUGCUUUUUCUUUCAUUUCCAUAUGUGUCUCACACAUUGUAUCUCCAUGGGUAGUAAUGAAAGUCAACUCGGACCAAAUUCACUCUUAACACACAGAGUGAGAAAAAAGAGAGUAGGUUUUAUGAGGAAGCACAAGCUUAGAUUGUCACAUAUGAUACCAAAUGCUUGGUUUUACAGGCUUCGAGAUAUGAACACCAAACCACUUUCAUCUGCUUACUCUUCUUCAACUUCAAAGCAGCACAACUACCCAAGAAACUCUAUCUGCUACACCCCUACGCUUCAACCAGUUUACACUACAAACAUUAUCCACAAUCCUCCUUCUCGAAAACAUCCACUCUACACUCAACCCACUGAGCCAAUUGAUCAUACCAAUAAGUACCCUUUCUCCGAGUCAACUCGCUCAACACCACCCUCCACCUCUUGUAGUCGUGAACUGAUUACUGCUUCAACUAAUGACAACCUUCAAAAGCUUCCUCCAAUUAUAACUAAACCCACAAAAUCCAGCAUUGACAAAUCAACGAUGGUUGAGAAGAAUGAAGAAACUUGCAGUAAAAGCUCUGUUUCAAUCAAAACAAUCAAAGAAAACAUCUCCAAGAAAGAAACUGCAGGGGGAAAACCAGUUUCAGAAAUCAAGAUCAGAUCGAAUUCUUCCAAAACACCAGUAUGCAAGAGAAUGGUUGAUGAUAAUAAUGACGACAAGAGACAAAAGAAGCUGUCAAGUAGCUGUUGCAUUGUGAAGUCGUCAUUUGACCCACAGAAGGACUUGAAGGAAUCAAUGCUAGAGAUGAUUCUGGAGAAUAACAUCCGGGAGUCAAAGGAUUUGGAAAAGCUUCUUGCAUGUUACCUGUCCUGGAAUUCAAAUGAGUAUCAUGAUAUGAUCGUCAAGGCGUUUGAGCAAAUCUGGUUGAGUUUUAACUUUAGUAGUUUAGUGCACUAGAAAUUUGAGUUAUUAAUGGUUCUGCUUCGAAUUAUGUGGUUUGGUGUGUAUUGUCCCUGGUUACCAUGGCAAAGCUUAAUAUUAUAUAUAAGUUUUGACACUCAA